CUCUUCUUCUCCAACCUCUUUGUCUUGGAAUUAAACUUUAUCCUCGAGUUCUUUAUUAUUUUAUUAUUUUAUAAUUACUAAUUACCUAAGGUCUAGGACGUAGUUUACUAGUAAAUAUCUAUCUUAAACUUUCUUCUCUUUUUGGUUCUUCACGAACAACGCUUUGCUAUCUUCGGCGGUGGGAAUCAUUUGUUUGCGCUGCUUGUCACUUGAUCGCUUGCUGCUUCGGCAGCUCGCUGAUCUCACCGGUUCCUAUUCCGAUUCCGAUUCCGAUUCCGAUUCCGUAUCUCGGUCCGCGCGCGUAGGCUAAAAAGCUAAUUCUUCGCGAGCCGGAUCAUGGCUUCUACAACUGCGAACGUGACGACGACCUUGCUGUCAACCGUCACGGCCGCUGCUACUCCCCCUCCCGCUCCCACAGCCGGUCCUCCUCCCCAAGGCGGUAUCUUGGAAGGUGUCUUGCCGAAUACGUAUAUCACUUCGAAUCCCAUUCAGUUGUUUAUCAUCCAGGCUGGUAUUAUCAUCAUACUAUGUCGUCUUCUUCACUACCCGCUGUCCUAUUGUGGCCAGCCUCGUGUCAUCGCCGAAGUUAUAGGCGGUAUCAUUCUUGGUCCCUCCGUUCUAGCUCGCAUUCCCGGCUUCAAGAACGCCAUUUUCCCUACCGAGUCAAUGCCCGUCUUGAACAAUGCCGCUAAUCUCGGCCUCAUACUGUUUCUUUUCCUUGUCGGCCUUGAGGUAGAUCUCAGCAUGUUUACUUCUAACUGGAAAGUUGCUUUAAGCGUCGGUCUAGCUGGUAUGCUUUUGCCCUUUGGUUUCGGCUGUGCCAUCGCCUGGGGACUAUAUAAUCAAUUCCACAACGACGGAAAUACUGUAGAAAUCAGCUUUGGCAUAUACGCCUUGUUUAUUGGUACCGCUUUGGCUAUUACCGCUUUCCCGGUUCUGUGUCGUAUCCUGUCUGAACUCAACAUGCUCAGUACCCCUGUGGGUGUUACGGUCCUUGCUGCUGGUGUUGGAAAUGAUGUUGUCGGCUGGAUUUUGCUUGCGCUUUGUGUCGCUCUGGUUAAUAACGGCUCCGGCCUAACUGCCCUUUGGGUCCUUCUCGUGGCUAUUGGUUGGAUUCUAUUCUUGGUCUUCGCCGUCAAACCAGUUUUCCACUGGGCCUUGCGAAAAACGGGUAGCAUACAGAAUGGACCAACUCAAGGCAUGAUUGCUGUCACCAUCUUGCUAGUUCUAACCUCGGCCUGGUUUACUAGUAUUAUUGGUAUACAUGCCAUCUUCGGCGCUUUCUUGAUUGGGUUGAUCUGUCCCCAUGAAGGUGGCUUCACUAUUCACGUGACUGAAAAGAUCGAAGAUCUCGUCACCGUUCUCUUCUUACCCCUUUACUUCGCCUUGUCUGGAUUGAGUACGGAUUUAGGCCUCUUGAAUGACGGUAUUACUUGGGGUUACGUCUUCGGUGUUAUUGUUGUUGCUUUCUGCGGUAAAAUCAUGGGCGGUACACUCGCAGCUAAGGCGAUGAAGCUCGUCUGGAGAGAAAGUUUCUCGAUCGGCGUUUUGAUGAGCUGCAAGGGAUUGGUAGAACUGAUUGUGCUAAAUAUUGGUCUUCAAGCAAAGAUCUUGUCGCAGAAGACAUUUACUAUAUUUGUCGUGAUGGCUCUGGUUACUACCGUUUCUACAAGCCCCCUUACAAGAUGGCUAUAUCCGCCAUGGUACCAGAGGAAACUCGAGCAGUGGAAGAGGGGCGAGAUCGAUUGGGACGGUAAUCCUCUCGAGCACAGGAACUCGAGUCAAGACAAUUAUGUUUCGCAACUGCAAGAAUUUAGGAUCCGUCGUCUUCUAGUUAACCUUCGUUUAGACAGUCUUCCUAGCCUUUUCACAUUUAUUUCUCUUCUCGGUGACGAGAAAGUCACUCCAAGUUCUGAGGAAGCGUCAAAAUCUGAAGCUGGCGACGACACCAUAGACGCCCCGACUCCGAUUACUCGGAGACGUCCCCUCGAAGUUCACGCUCUACGCAUACUUGAGCUUACCGAGCGUACAUCGUCCGUCAUGAAGGUUGCUAAAAGCGACGAGUAUUCUCGACGCGAUCCAGUGGUAAACGCCUUCCGAACAUUCGCUAGACUACACGACGUGGCAGUAUCAGGUAGCGUGGUAAUCACCCCCGAAGAUUCAUAUGCACAGACAAUCGUUACGCAGGCUUCGGAUCGAGAGUCCGAUUUUGUCCUGAUCCCUUGGGGCGAAACAGGAAGUAAUAAGGAAGACCAGUCGAUUCCAUUCAGAAUUUCACCAGAAGACCGGUUUUCUGAGAAGGCCCACCAAGACUUCGUGCAGGCGACGUUGGCAAAUGCAGUUUGUAGCACGGGAGUUUUUAUUGGCAAUGAAUCUAGCGAGUUUGCGUCUCUCGAUAGGCCGGCUCCGCCUCGAACUAUUAGCGGUGUCUCGAUUCGUAGCAAUAAGGAAUCCGCCCUUCCUCCCAUCGCAGAUAAGUCCCUUCAUGUCUUUUUCCCCUACCUUGGUGGCGCCGAUGAUCGUUAUGCGCUGCACUUUGUCCUCCACCUCGCGAAGAAUCCGCUCAUCUCGGUCACAGUCGCUCAUCUAGACUUCGUGGAGGGCGAGGAUGAAAUUGCGCCUGUCAAGGAGGGACACUUGGAGCCAGAUUCACCGACAUCUAUAUCUAAGAACACCAUCGACACCGAAAUGACGGCGCAGGACACUUCCCUUUUGGCUGCAUUACAAUCGAAUAUCUCGCCCGAAUUGGCUAGUCGUGUUACGUUUACUGAGGUCUCGGUCACCGCUGGUUCGGCAGUCAAACAGGCGACCGAGUUAGCGAGAGAAACCGUCGGGAAGAACUUGCACAAUGCAGGUGACAUCGUUGUCGUUGGACGAAGGCACCCCAUACUUCCAGCUACUGUUCGGACAUUAGACCAGAGCAGCACGGUGUAUGAUAUGCAGAAGACAAUAGGUGUUUUUGGUCAGGCCAUGGCGAUGAGCGACAUUAAAGCCGGCGUGCUCGUCGUCCAAGCCGUUGACUCGGGAAUUGCGCAGUGAUUGCCUUGUUCGAUGGUUAUAGGCGUCUGGAGAAGCUGGGUCGGGAAUAGGGGUUUUAAUGGGACUAUUUACUCCCAUACGGGAUACAAUGCGAUGAUUUAGUCAUGAAAGGGAUUUAAGACGAUCUAAGGUAGCCAUAUCGAGAUUGGGAUGAUGUUGAUGACAUGAUAUCUUGUAUAUGCACGUAUUUAAUAUAUUAUACAUACCUAGGUAUCAGGUACCUUAUAUAUAUAUAUACCUCCUAAGCAAGCUCAGCAGGUUAUCGUUUGCAUCUUGAUAGCGAAU